UUACCGAAUUUACGCAUUCCAGAGCAUGAAUCCGGUUGGUGAAUCCGUGAGAAUUGGUCAGAAACAUGAGUGGUACUUCAAACUCCGCGCGCAUCUACAGAAAAAUAUUUCGUGCAAUAGUAGUCCAAUCGGAAAGAAGCGAAAACGCAAGAGAUUGAGUCAUGGCGAAAAGCUUCUUCGGAUGGAAGAGGAACAUGAGCGUCUAUGUGCUGUCACAGUUCAUCAGUUUGUCGAAUAUUUGAAAACUGAGAAAGAUGUAGCUAGUUUUAUCGCCCAUUCCCGCGCUCACAGAGCUUCGGAAGCCGAGAAAGCUGCGGAUAUUGAAUACGUAGAACUUCCUUAAUAUCAGGACGGUGUUGCUGCUAUCUUGUGUGUUCAGCUGUGGAGAAGGAGCUGCGAUAUCCCUUUGGAAACAGCUGUGAUCGGGACCUUUGAUUUUGUUUUUAUUCCAAGUUUUUCUGUCGUAUUCGGAAGAGAGAGGGAGGGAUCUUUACUGAAUUAAAUUUUUUUCCGUUCGGGCAUCGUAUUUUUAAAGCUAGUGUCUAGCGGCUCUUUCCACUGCAAAAAAAAAUGAACUAUGAAACGUAAGAAAUAAUCGUUCUUAUCCCCAUUCCGAAUUACUUCCCACUUGAUCAUCAAUUGAUUUUAGAAUGACUGAUGCGAUUUCUAUCGUAAUAAAUGGAUUAUGAUGAUCGCCUUGACAGUUAAUCGCCGUAUACUCAGAGGUACAGAACAUUCCGCAUUUGACAAUGGGUGAAAGUGCUUCGUUCAGAAAUGAGGUCGGACAGAGUGCUGAGCUCGCGUUAUGGAAUUUGCGAAAUUCCAGUGAAAUGACGGACAUGGUCGUUGUGUCAAAUUCGUCUUCGUAUCCGGUUCAUUCAUUGGUGAUGUGUCUGAGAAGCAAGUUUUUCCGGAGUUUACACACCCAGCAUAGUCAGCAACGAACUGUUGCAGUUUUGGAUGCAUCUGACGCUGCAGUUAAUGCCUUAAUCAAGUACAUUUAUGUCGGCGAGGUUGACGUGGAUGUGAGCGCUGUUGAGGAGUUCAUCGCCCUUGCCAUGCGGUUGGAGGUGGAUGGAAUUUCCGUCAAAUCAGAAGAUCAUGAAGCUGAAGUGGACAGAAGUACAAUAAACAAAGAGGCUGAGAAAUCGUACAAACGGAGUUUUGAUGCCAAUGGAAAGUUCUCCGGUUCGCCAAAACCACUGGAGGAAAAGAAACCUCGUCAAGUGCCACCAAACUCAAUACGAGCUUUGCGUUCUCACGAAGAACCCUUGAGUUCCGACGAUGACGAAUUAAUUGUGAAAAGUGCAAUUUUAAGUUCAAAAUGUGCCAAGCCCCCGUUACCUCCUGGUGAAGAUAUGGAGGCCGUUUCUUCAGAUGAAGAGAACCUUGGAGUGGCAGCUUCACAACACGGAAGACCUUUACAGCUCGAAUCCAUUUCCUCGGAUGAGGAAUCACACAACAAACGACUGGACGAAUGGGUAGUCGAACAUCGGCUGGACACACGUAAAGUGCAGUGGCCUAUGAAGAAGGAAGACAAAGGCCGAGACGGCGUUUCAACCGCGACUGGCGCCAACACAGUAUCUUGCACCCGCCCUGGUUCUCCAAUUUUGGGCGGAUCCGAGUCUCCCGUGACGUGCAAUUCCUUAGCUGCAGCCCUGCAGCGGAAACAAGCUCGGAAGAGAAAAUCUCAGGUUCCUCCUAGUGUCAGCGUCAUUGACGAGGAUUCCGUUGACGGCAGCAUCGUCAAUAAUGUCUCCGGUCCGCGACAAACUGGGAGCAUGGUUUCAACGCCGAGCGAUAACAUAAUAACUCGAAUGAAAAACAUUCAGAUGAUUCAGCUCGGGCGGUACCGCAUAAAACCGUGGUAUUUCUCACCAUACCCUCAGGAGCUGAUCAAUCUUUCGUGUUUGAUCCUUUGCGAGUUCUGUCUGAAGUACAUGAAGUCGUUUAAUUGUCUCAAACGGCAUUUGACGAAGUGUGGAUUGCGUUAUCCGCCGGGAAACGAAAUUUAUCGCAAGGGAUCCGUGUCCUUCUUUGAGAUCGACGGGAGGAAGAACAAGAAUUACGCCCAAAAUCUCUGCUUGUUAGCGAAAUUGUUUUUGGAUCACAAAACCUUAUACUAUGAUACCGACCCUUUCCUAUUCUACGUAUUAACCGAAUAUGACGAAUAUGGCUUUCACAUCGUCGGCUAUUUCUCGAAGGAGAAAGAGUCUAGUGAAGAUUACAAUGUGGCAUGCAUUCUUACGCUUCCGCCGUAUCAGAAAAAGGGUUACGGCAAGCUUUUGAUAGAGUUCAGUUACGAACUGAGCAAAGUUGAAGGGAAAACCGGAAGCCCAGAGAAACCUCUAUCAGAUUUGGGUUUGCUCUCCUACCGAAGUUUUUGGUCUCAGGUUUUACUGGAUAUUCUCUCGAAUCUGAAACCAGUCGAAGGAAGUGAUCGAGCUCAAAUUACAAUCAACGAUUUGUCGGAGAUGACAGCCAUGAAGAAAGAAGACGUCAUCUCAACGCUUCAGUAUCUGAAUAUUCUCCACUACGAUAAGGGUCAGCAUGUGAUCGUGUUGAACCCGGAAAUCGUCCAAGCUCAUCAAAAGAGUUUGAGCAAACGUUGUUUACGAAUUGAUUCGAUGGCUUUACACUGGAGCCCUCGGGAAGCAUCAAAGAAGAAGUGAUACCACCUUGCUUGUUCAACCAAUCGAAAUGCGUCUCUUUUUUUCUGAACCGUAGAUUUUUUUCGUGCUGUAUUUGCGGUUUGGAUCAGCUUGCUGUUGCCUCUAAUUUUCUCAAGAAUUUCUCAAAAAAUUGAAAUCGCGGCGCGUGAAGGAGUGUGGUUUUGCUAGUUUUGCAGGAAAUGAGAAACAUAAUUGGUGUCGAAGGAA